UGUUGGACUGAAAAUCAAGAAACAUGGGUCGUUUCAGUUGGGUGGUAGUGGUGUUGUCACUUUGUCUUUACGCUGCAUCGGCUCAGGUGCUUAAACAGAACUUUUACGCUAAUGUCUGUCCCAACGUUGAAUCCAUUGUAAGAGGCGUCGUCCGACAGAAGUUCCAACAGACCUUCGUCACUGUCCCCGCCACUCUCCGGCUUUUCUUCCAUGAUUGCGUUGUUCAGGGGUGCGAUGCUUCGGUAAUUGUUGCAUCGACGGGAAGCAACACGGCGGAGAAAGACCACCCGGAUAAUUUAUCGUUGGCCGGAGAUGGAUUCGAUACCGUGAUUAAAGCCAAAGCUGCUGUAGAUGCAAUCCCUAGUUGCAGAAACAAGGUCUCUUGUGCUGACAUUCUCGCCAUGGCCACCCGAGAUGUCAUUGCUUUGGCUGGUGGACCGUCGUAUGCGGUUGAGCUGGGAAGACUUGACGGGCUAAGCUCAACGGCUAAAAGUGUAAAUGGGAAAUUGCCGCAGCCUAACUUCAAUCUCAACCAGCUCAAUUCUCUCUUUGCUGCUAUUGGCCUUACCCAAACUGACAUGAUUGCCCUCUCCGCCGCCCACACCCUUGGGUUCUCUCAUUGCAACAAGUUCGCAAACAGAAUAUACAAUUUCAGCCGUCAAAAUCCGGUGGACCCUACACUAAACAAGGCUUACGCAGCUCAGCUUCAGGCGAUGUGUCCCAAGAAAGUGGACCCCAGGAUAGCCAUAAACAUGGAUCCAAACACCCCCCGAACUUUUGACAACGCGUAUUACAAGAACCUUGUAGAGGGAAAAGGCCUAUUCACAUCGGAUCAAAUCCUCUUCACCGACCCGAGAUCCAAGUCCACCGUGAUGGCAUGGGCAGGAAACAAAGCGGCCUUUGAGAAAGCCUUUAUUGCUGCCAUGACUAAAUUGGGUCGGGUCGGAGUCAAGACCGGAACAAACGGAAAUAUUCGUCGUAAUUGCGCUGCUUUUAAUUGAUCGGGACCCGAAAAAGAAAAAUUUCACAUAUGGUGAGACUUUUUCUGACGAUAAAAAUAUUUAAUCUGCAAUUGAAAAUUUGUAGUUAUUAUAAUAAUAAUAAUCAUUAAGGCGUGUUGGCAACUGA